CUCUGUCGUGUCACCAGAGACAAAAAAAAAGAGGAAGGAAUAUGGUUUCAUCUGACGCUCCUCCCGAUUCAGCGCUGCUGUAGCGGAUCUCUAGUACAAGCAGGAGGCUGGGGCUCGGUACGGCACAAACCCCCCUCUAUACCUGAAACAACCACCUUCCCCGCUACCAUCCAGCCUGCAGGAGCACUGACACCACACAGGGAGACAUAAAUGGUGGAGGCCGUGGUGGAGUUCGACUAUGAGGCUCAGCAGGAUGAUGAGUUGAGCCUGACGGUGGGUGACAUCAUCGUGAACAUACGGCGGGACGAUGGAGGAUGGUGGGAGGGAGAGCUGGGCGGACGCAGGGGGCUGUUCCCGGAUAACUUUGUCAGGGAGAUAAAGAAAGAGGGGAAGAGGGAUGGAGGACAGGUCAGCAUGAUCAGAUCUGACCUGGCAAAUGGCAGGGCCAGCCCCGUGUCCGAGCCCAGCGUACGGCCGGGAAAGAAAGGAGAGCAAAUCCGCAAGCGAAGGUGUAAAGCUGCUUUCAGCUACGUGCCUCAGCAUGAAGAUGAGCUAGAGCUGAAAAUAGGAGACGUCAUUGAGAUCAUAGCAGAGGUAGAGGAGGGCUGGUGGGAGGGGAUUCUUAAUGGAAAGACAGGGAUGUUUCCCUCCAAUUUCACCAAAGAGAUCCUGAUGGAGUCCGACACGCCCUCUGUGGACACGCCCACCUCGCAGGAAGAGCUCCGCAGCAGCCGCACAAGUAAAGAGAGCCCAGGCAGUGAAAGUGAUGGAGGAGACAGUCGGUCAGAAACAGGAUCAGGAGAAAUCCAGCCUAAAAAGGUCCGAGGGUUUGGCUUUGGUGACAUCUUCAAAGACCAGCCCAUCAAGCUCAGGCCUCGUUCUAUGGAAAUAGACUCAGAGGUGGACAAGGCCAAUGAGGGGAAAGCAGCGAGUGCUGCCCUUGAAACCAUGAAGACUGAACCUGACAGCAAAGCCAAAGGACGGGAGCAAUGUAAAGUUCUCUUUCCAUAUGAAGCACAAAAUGAAGAUGAGCUGACGAUCAAAGAGGGGGAGAUUAUCAACAUCAUCACCAAGGACUGCGCUGAUGCAGGCUGGUGGAUGGGGGAGAUUGGGGGAAGGCAAGGUGUCUUCCCAGACAACUUUGUUAAGCUGCUAGAAGUUGAGAAAGAGAGACCAAAGAAACCACCUCCUCCUAGUGCACCUUCCGCUAAACACACCACAGAGAAAAAGUCGGAGGCCAAGAAGGUUCCUCCUGAGCGGCCUGAACAUCUGCCCCAGAGAGACCAGGAUCGAGGUGAAGAGGUGAAGGUUGGAGACAUCCCCAAGCCCUCCCUUCCAUCUUCCUUUCCCAAGAAACCCCUUCCCCCAAAGACAAUCUCCUCUUCUUCCUCCCAACCCCCGCGGCGUCCUGAGAGACCCCCCCCUAUACCGUGUGAAAGCCCCAAGUCUGAGGGCAGGGCUUCGACACCAGAUUCUGCCCCUGACAGGUCACAUGACACUGAUAUGGAUCUGGAUGUGGUGGUUUCAUCAACAGAGAAGUUAAGUCACCCGACAGCAUCGCGGCCAAGAGUCACAGACCGCCGGCCUCGCUCACAGAUCAUCACACCAUCUUCCCUGUCCAGUAUCGACCUGGACUCUCUCGCAGUGGAGGACCGGAAGGAGAAGGAACAGGAGUCUGUUCCCACCAGAUCUGUAGAUGUUUCCCUGAGAAAAGGAGUUCCCACCAUCUCUACAUCUGACAGUAAAGCACCACUGCCCACCAAGCCCUCUGUCCUUACCCCACCAAACUCCAGCCACCGCCCCGCCUCCCCAUCUUCCUCCUCGGGUUUGAGCCCCUCCCCUGAGCUCCGGCACUCGCCUCUGACCCCCCAGACACUGGAGGAACUCAGGAACCAGCUGAGAGACCUGAAGACCUCCGUAGAACUGCUGAAGAGCCAGCACAGGCAGGAGAUGAAGCAAUUGGCAAAUGCGCUGGACGAGGAGAAGAAGAUUCGUGUUAGUUUACAGAUGGAAGUAGAGCACAUAAAGAAGAACCUGUCAAAAUAAAGACUGAAGCAUCCUUAUCGGGCCCUCUGAUCACCACAUUGGAGGCCAUCGUUUGAAAACAUUGUCACUGUUGGCCAAGACACUUCAGCCAAGACAAAGUUUGUGCCAAAUGAUCAUCACGAUCACCAUCAGCAACAAUUCAGCACCAUGGAAUCAGCCACCUUCCCCAUUGACCGCCUUAUCCUGAGUUUACUUCUUUUAUUUUUCUUUUGAAGAGGCUUCUCUGUUCAGUUUACCGCUAUCUUGUCGGCGCUUGCUGUGCCACCGGUACUGAUUGACCGCGGCCUGUCGAUGUGUGUUGCCAAUGGUUACAGAACGAUAACACGGAGCUGCAGUUGCCGUGACAACCUCACUGGUACUUUUUGUUUCUGAUUGUGAAGGAAAAUUGGGACUCGCCCUCCGUAGCCCGGUUGGUUCAGAGGACCUCUGUGUUGUUCUGUGUCCACUCUGCGGCCUUUGCAUUUUAUCUUUGUGUGUAUGUUUUAUUUUCCAUCAGUGUGAGGACUGUAGACCUGCAAAGUGAGGUCAUUUUGGCCGGUCCUAACUUCUGCAAUAGGCAGGACUGAGGUUUGAAUAUGGGUUCAGGGUUAAAGCCCUGGCUCUGAGGCACAUCAUUAGCGUUAGGAUUACAUUUUAUGGAUACACAGUGCUUGAUGCUUCUAUGGUACACUGCAGGCGGGUAAUUUUGAAGUAUCAGCCAUUAACAGCACUGGCAUUCAGAUAUAUUUCCCAAUUUCAUUUCUUCUUAGUGUCAUAAUUUUUUUUAAAUUUCCAGUCAAAUAUUCCAGCUGUUGGGAGGUUAAAACUACAAGCAGAUCAGUAUCCUUUCCCCAGUCAGUUUAAUUAUAUCUAACCAACAUGACUAAUACUUAUACUGUAGGUGCUAUUUAAAGGAACAGGUUAACAUUCUGGGAAAUCAAUUUUUGCUUUCUUGGAGGGAGUUGGAUGAGAAGACUGAUAUCACUCUAAUGUCUGUAUGUCUGCAAAUAGCACAAAACCAUAAACAGGGGGAAACAGCUGCCCCAGUUCUGUGCAAAAGUAACAAAAUCUGACUACCAACACAUCUAAAAUUCAUUAAUUAACUUGUUUAACUAAUUAAGGGUGAAAAUUUCAAUUUGUGGAUUUACAGUGAGGAUAAGUCACUGCUCCCCUACAGUAGCCUUGGGCAUAUUCCCUUGUAAAGCCUCAAACUGUCAUUUUUACACUUUGGUUUUUGUACAGAGGAAACAAAAAGAGAUAUAACAUAGCAGUUGCUGAGUUUUACAGAUGCUUGUAGGCUGAUUUUAUUACCUUCUAAGAGAGCCAGGCUAACCAGGCUUCAAAUUUUAUCAAAGUACAUGUCACUACAUUAAGACAACUAUCCAUGGUAUUUUUGAAGUUAUGAUAUUUUUGCAUUUUAGUUAUUAGUAUUGCCUUCUGGACAAAAAAAAAUAAAACCAUUAUUUUACCCAUUUUGCUUUUGCACCAAACCCAGAUCCAUGUGCACCUGGUGUAUGUGGUGCUCUUUUGGCAGCAGGUGAUGGUUACAGUUAAGGAAAGAGUUUAAGGAAUGUAGUAAGGGAAAAGUCCUCACAGGUAAAGGAAGAUGAAAAUGUCUGUGUGCAUGUGUGUAUGUAUGGUAGCAUGUAUGUACGACUGUUUGCCUCCCUUCCAUAUAUGUGCACAGAAUCUAUGGCAACCCGUCACUGUGGCCUUCCUGUUUGACUCCAAAUCUUUCUUUCUUUCUUUCUUUCUUUCGUAUGACAAUGAGAAAACUGCUACAACUGAGGCUACAAGUUGUUUUCUUGACUUGGUCCUUUCUCUCCAGGAUAGUGAUAAAUAUAUAUACUUUUAUAUUUCAGUGUAAUAAAGAUGCUAUUAUGUAAUGUAUGUGUGACAAUUUCAUUUUUUUUAAAAAAAAAUGACAAAAAUGUUUGAAUUGUUUCCUGGUGAAAUGUGUGUCUUUAUAUACAGUAAAUACUGCACAUAGGA